GGCAAGGACUCACUCCAUUCACCAUGAACUCCAGGAGGUCUGAAUAUCUUACAACUGAUGUUCCUUCUGAGAGCUGAUGUAGUUAAAACAUUUUUGUGGAUUUCACUGCAAUCUUUGUGUGUGGGGGACAGCAGGCUGCUCUUUGAAAGAUCUGGAUUUUUGGAAGCUCUGAGACAUCACUGUAGACAUCCAACUGCUUCAUACAUUCAUCUUUCCAGGAAACACAGAAGCAGCAAACACUCCGAAUGGACAAGGAUUUUGCUCCUUUACCACACAGGAUCCAAAGAUGUGUUGCAACCUUAGGAGCCUCAUCCAAUCCCAGCCGCAUCCCAGGACUCUCAGCUCGCUCCCUUGGAACUGGGGGACUAGCAGCUGUUAGCCCCAUCUUGAAAAAGGAAGCCUGCCUCAACUCUUUCAGGCAGGACCCCACUAAACAGAUCCCCUUGGCAAAAGGUAGAGUGAUUCCUAGACCUAAUUCCAGGGUUGGCCCCCCAAAACCACCCCGUAGCCACGAGCAACCCUCAUCAUGCUCUCCUCUCAUGACAUCCCAGUCUCUUCAGUGGACAGCAGCCAAUGGUUUGGAGCCACGAAAGCUAAGCGCGAUCUCAUUUACCCUUCAUCGGAGCAGCGAUGCUCCUCCAGCUGGCCGACAACUCCUCUUACACUCCAUGGCAAAGAGGAAUUUCCAGAAGGUUCCUCUUCAAAAGGAAGCCCUGGGGAGGGGAGGGGAGGUACCUUUACCAAGCCCUCUGCCACCAUCUGGAUUACAAAUCUUGCCCCAAAGAGUAGCUGAGAGCUCUGCUGACAUGGAAACUACUCCUUGCCAGGAAGAUGAAAAUUAUUCCUCAGAUGCAAUGCCAGAUUUCCAGAGACAUUUGCUCUGUGAUAGCCCACCAUUAACUCCGUCUCAGCCAAGCCCUCAAAACAUAGGAGAGGAUCCCAUGAAUUCAGCCCUGAAGGAAACUGUUCAGGAAGGCCUCGCUUCUAAUGACCAAUAUGGCAUUCCAAAAGACAUAGAUCCACCCAAAGGCUUAGCUGAAUCUGGACAGUUGUUGCCCACCUUUCCUCAGGAGCAUCUUGAGGGACAUGCUUUGAUGGGCAACUGUUUCAUGGCAGAUUCCACAAUGUCUCCUGUGACAAAUACAACUAGGUUUAAAUGGCCAGCAGAUACCAAGCCUGAAGCAGCCAUGUCUGAGCUGGUGCCAGAGCCGCGACAAAAACCAGUAGUGCCAAUGAAACCCAUUGGUAUUAAUUCUAACCUGCUGGGCUACAUCGGGAUUGACACCAUCAUUGAGCAGAUGCGCAAGAAGACUAUGAAAACUGGAUUUGACUUCAAUAUCAUGGUUGUAGGCCAAAGUGGAUUGGGGAAAUCAACACUUGUGAACACCUUGUUCAAAUCCCAAGUAAGUCGCAAGUCUUCAGGCUGGAACCGUGAGGAGAAGAUCCCUAAGACAGUGGAAAUCAAGGCUAUUGGGCAUGUUAUUGAAGAAGGUGGUGUCAAAAUGAAGCUGACAGUUAUUGACACCCCUGGAUUUGGUGACCAGAUCAACAAUGAAAACUGCUGGGAGCCCAUCGAGAAAUAUAUCAAUGAGCAGUACGAGAAAUUCUUGAAGGAGGAGGUGAAUAUUGCAAGAAAGAAACGAAUCCCAGACACAAGAGUUCACUGUUGCCUCUACUUUAUUUCUCCCACAGGUCACUCCUUGAGACCAUUGGAUAUGGAAUUCAUGAAACACUUGAGCAAAGUAGUCAACAUCAUCCCAGUUAUUGCCAAGGCAGACACCAUGACUCUGGAGGAGAAAAUUGAGUUCAAACAGAGGGUCCGCAAGGAACUAGAAAUCAAUGGAAUUGAGUUUUAUCCCCAGAAAGAGUUUGAUGAGGACCUUGAAGAUAAGACAGAAAAUGACAAAAUCAGGCAGGAAAGUAUGCCAUUUGCAGUGGUGGGCAGUGACAAGGAAUAUCAAGUAAAUGGAAAAAGGGUCCUGGGUAGGAAGACACCCUGGGGAGUCAUUGAAGUGGAAAAUCUCAAUCACUGUGAAUUUGCUCUACUCCGAGACUUUGUGAUUAGGACCCACCUUCAGGAUCUAAAAGAAGUAACACACAACAUCCACUAUGAGACUUACAGGGCUAAACGACUGAAUGACAAUGGGGGACUCCCCCCAGUGACCGUAGAAACAGAAGAAAACCAUGAAAGCAACCUGUGAAUGACCUAUCCAGUUAGCUGCCAUCUCUGAAUUAUAACCACUAUCAUCACCCCAUCCCUUGAAUUCAGGCCUCUCUUUGAAGCAUGUGGAAUAUCCUUUGUGUGUGCAUAUGGGGGAAGAACCAGGGACAUGACCCCCAACUUUACCCAAAUGUCCCCAUCUUUUAUUAUUAUUAUUAUUAUUUGAAUUUUGCACAGCAGACAGCAGUCUUCCGUUGUGUUACAAGAUUCAAUUGUGCAACCAGAAUGCAGAGGGAAUUCUGGAAGUAGUGCAAUCUCUGGAGACACGCGAAAUGCCUCCAAGGAAAAAGAAUGAGAUCAGUGUAAGGGUGUUGUAUGCACUAUGGUGGAAAUGCGAGUGUCACAGGUCUGGAAGAGACUGGGUUGCUCUGCAGCUGAUUGUGAUAGAUGGUUUAUGUCAUAGGCUUAGUUUGCAGUGUGGAACCAGGAAAAAUGGACUUAGACUGGAUCUAUAACACAGUUAUGUGGAAUGAAAGUGCAAUGAAAUCAAUGGGAGGGAUUUGUUGCCAAGUAAAUGUGUUUCAAUGUGCCAGUGUAAAAAUGAUAGAUAGGAUUUUGGCCAUUUUGUUUCCCAUUAUAAGAUUGAUUGGAGGAAAGUUGUAGAAUGAAAAAAUAAGACUGGAAAUUUGAUUUGGAAAUACUAGUUUUCUUGGUGUAACGGGGGAAGCAUUUAAUAAUUAGGAACUCCUUUCAAUUUGUGCUUUAACGAAUUUUUUGUUAAGGUCGAAGACCACCCUUGUCAUCACCAUUACAUAUCUAAUAUCUUGACCCUGACUGGCACUUAGCUUUGUCAGAUCUGCUCUUGGGAGGUUUUAACAGAAACAUUACUGUAACAGUCCCCUUUGGGUUGUUGCAGCGGUUGGAAACACCAUGAAUGCAACAUCUUCCAAUUGUGCCUUUCCCUCCCUCUAACCUACUGACUAUCAGAAGAUAGCUUUCUGCUAAGCUGAGAGCCCCUUAUGCUGGGCAGAUGCCCCCAUCUAUUGCAUAGUGAGACGUCAAACAGCAUGAAGAGGCUACUUAGUCAGAACACACUUUUCUUUGAUCCCAUUGUAUGGCAUUCUUAAUAUGACCUUGUUCAUUUAGGGUUUGCUUGGGUGGUCUAGGAAUCCACUUGACUGUAGGUGUACUGCAAAUUAAAGGAUAUAUCUUUGAAUAUGUAAUUUGGCAGCACCAUCAAACCCUGAGAAUCACAGCCUUUGUUUUUGUUUUGUUUAAAGCAAGAGCAAGUGCCUAGGUUUCAUGAAUAUGAAGAAAAAAAGAUGUUUAGGUAUUUACAGAAGUCUUAGAAAGCAGAAGCAGUUUGUGUGGGACUUCUGAUGGUCUGGAGGACUACAUUGCCCUGUGCAAGUCCUAAACUGUCCCUGCUGCAUCCUGUUUUUAUUAUUUAGCACUGUCUCUCAAAGUGCCAGAAGUACUAAAUCUCAAAGUGCUCAAAGUACCUUCCUCAUUUUCAGAUGUUAAUUCAUAUACCUGCAUGCAAAUUCAAAUAAUCUUUCUGCCCAAUAUAAUUUAAGCCAGCCAACAAUACCAGAAGAUACAAUACAAAUUAGGAGCAUAGAAAGCCUAUCUUCUGUUUGCUAGCUCAGUACUGUCUAUGUGAAUGCAGCUCUCGAAGGUUUCAGACAAGAUUCUUUCUUAGCUGUUCUUGGAAAUACCAGGGUUUGAACCUGGAGCCUUCUGCAGGCAAAGCAUGCGAUCUGCUACUGAGCUACAGCCCAUCAUCAUCAUAGAUUACAUCACAUAAAUGUAGUAACAGUUACCAACUCUAUGUAAUAAUCUGCUUGGUAGUACUCAAUUGUAACAGGCCACUAAUCUAAACAUCAGAUUUUUACAUUAUUUCCUAAAUCCUAGACAUUCAGGUGCUGGAGGUGCUUUCAUAGGAGUUCCACAAAAUCACAGAGAGAGCCCCAUGUCACUACAUAAUCUUUUGGGGUAAUAUGCGACCUGGAACAAAGCUUUGUCAAAUGCCCUUAACCAACAGGAAAGAGGAACUCUAGAGGAACUUUGCAAGCUAUAUAGGUGAACUUUAGAAACAUGGAGAGAGGUACUGUGCAAGCUAUUAUAGUUGUACUUCAGGAAGAUCAGUAGGAAU